AUGAAGGAAGAUCGCUUUCGGAAGCUAUUCGCCGCCUUUGGCACGCUGACCGAUUGUUGCUUGAAAUUCACCAAGGAGGGCAAGUUCCGGAAAUUUGGCUUCAUUGGCUACAGGUCUGAAGAUGAAGCUCAAACAGCACUGAACCAUUUCAACAGAAGUUUCUUAGACACCUCCAGAAUCACAGUUGAGUUAUGCAAAUCUUUUGGUGACCCUUCAAAACCCAAAGCAUGGAGUAAGCACUCUCAGAAGGCCCCUGCCUCAGAAAAACAGACCGAGAAACCUGUGACAAGUACAGCUCCUGCAGGCACAAAGAAAGAUAAAAAGAAGAAAGAUCCAACAGAAAACUUAAAGGAGCUGGAAGAAGAUGAAACAUUCCAGGAGUUCUUGGUGGUUUACCAGAAACGGUCUCAAGUGGCCACUUGGGCUAAUGACACUUUGGCAGAGGAGCCCAAGAAGGGAAAAUCAAAGCCAGCAGCCGAUUAUCUCAACUUUGAUUCAGACGAGUCUGAGGAGCUGAGCGAGGAGGAGGAGGAGGAGGAUGGGAAUGAACCCUCUGAAGAUGAGAGGGGAACUAAAGCAAAGAAAGGAGAGAAGAAGGCAGCUACCAGCAAAGACCUCUCAGAUAUGGAUUACCUGAAAUCUAAAGUGGUGAAGGAUUCUUCCUCCUCAUCCAGUGCAGAGGAGGAAACAGAUAGUGAGGAGGCAGAAGAGGAAAGUGAGAGCGAGGAGGAUUCGGGCAUUACAGAAACCAUGGGCACCCACACAGAUCAAAGGGGGAAGCCAAAAGCCCAACAAACACAGCAAGACGUGCCAGUGGAGAAGAAGAAAAAAGGAUCCACGCUAGAGAACCAAGACAGCUCAGUGGAAGCCAGCACACCACACACGGUGAAACUUCGUGGUGCCCCCUUGAACAUCACUGAGCAAAAGAUUCGGGAAUUCUUCUUGCCUCUGAAGCCAGUGGCAAUCCGGAUAGGAAAAAGUGCCUUGCUGUCCAAAUGAGGUUAUAUCUUUGUUGACUUGAAGAGUGAAGCAGAAGUGCAAAGGGCCUUGAAGCGAAAAAAAGAAUACAUAGGUGGACGAUGCGUUGAGGUAUUCCGAUGUGGGAAUACUCCAAAAGAAACUGUUACAGCAAAACCUGAUAACCAGCCAUGGCAAAGAAGGAAGAGGGACGAUGAGGAAGAAGAGGACUUGUCUGAAUCAGGGAGACUCUUUGUCAGGAAUCUUCCCUUUACUAGCACUGAGGAGGACUUGGAGAAGAUCUUUUCCAAGUACGGACCCCUCUCGGAGAUCCAUUUCCCUAUAGACAGACUGACCAAGAAACCCAAAGGAUUUGCUUUCAUCACGUAUAUGAUUCCCGAGCACGCAGUGAAGGCCUAUGCAGAAAUGGAUGGGCAAGUGUUCCAGGGUCGAAUGAUGCAUCUUUUACCAUCCACGAUCAAAAAGGAAAAAAACGAAGAUGCAGAUGCAGGAGAGUCUUCCUCCUACAAAAAGCAGAAAGAGGCCAAGGACAAAGCCAACAGUGCCAGCUCUCACAACUGGAACACGUUGUUUGUGGGGACAAAUGCUGUGGCUGAUGCCAUUGCUCAGAAGUACAAUGCUUCCAAAAGCCGAGUGUUGGAUCACGAGAGUAAAGACAGUGUGGCAGUGAGGGUCGCUCUGGGAGAAACCGAGCUGGUCCAGGAAAUUCGCCAGUUUCUCAUCGAAAAUGGAGUCAGCCUGGAUUCUUUCAGCCAGGCUGCUGGUGAGCGGAGUAAAACGGUGAUCCUGGUAAAGAACCUCCCUGCUGGCACGAGCGUAGCGGAGCUGGAGGAUGUCUUUGGCAAACACGGCAGCCUGGGCCGGGUGCUGCUGCCAGAAGGAGGCAUCACGGCCAUCGUGGAGUUCCUGGAGCCAACCGAGGCCAAGCAGGCCUUCACCAGGCUGGCCUACUCCAAGUUUCAUUCUGUGCCGUUGUAUCUGGAAUGGGCUCCAAUGGGUGUCUUCUUCAGCCCAGCCCCUCAGAAAAAAAGCCCUCAGGCUGCAGAAAAGGAGGGCAAAGCAAGGCUGGUACCUGAUGAGGACACUGACACAGCUGUAAAGGGCUCAGAGGAAACAGCAGCACAGGAAGAAGAGGAGGAGGAAGAAGAAGAGGAGGAGGAAGAAGAAAGCAUUCCUGGAUGUACCUUGUUCAUCAAAAACCUGAACUUUGCCACCACAGAAGAGACACUGAAGGAGACGUUCUCCAAAGUGGGAGCUGUGAAGAGCUGCACAAUAUCCAAGAAGAAAGACAAAGCAGGCACUUUGCUUUCAAUGGGCUUUGGAUUUGUGGAGUACAAGAAGCCGGAGAGCGCGCAGAAAGCCCUGCGGAGGCUGCAGGGCUUUUCUGUAGAUGGCCAUAAGCUGGAAGUGAAAAUCUCGGAGAGAGCUGUCAGGCCUGCUGUGAAAUCGUCCCGAAAGAAACAAAUCGUCAAGAAGCAGACGACUUCCAAGAUCUUGGUCCGAAACAUCCCAUUCCAGGCCACUGUCAGGGAAAUCAGGGAACUGUUCAG